CCACGAGCCGGGCUCCUGGAGCAGCAGCAGGACCAGGAGCAGGACCAGGACGCGAGGCGACGCGACGCGAGCCCCUCUUGCCUCCUCCCGCCCUCCGCGGCGCAUGCGAAGCAAAAAUGAGAGACCGACUCUUUGAGCUUUAUGAGCUGUCUAAGCUUUAUAGCCAACAAGCUGAUGCUGAGGAUGACUUGCAACUACCUGGUGCAACUCUUCUGUUUGAAACGGAUGAUGCCUUAGCAAGUCUUCACAAAGACAUCCAGGUAAUACGAACAAGUAGUCAUCACCUGAAGGAGGACGUUAGGCGCCUGGCCAAGCAAAAUACUCGCUUCCUGACAUCUGUGCGCCGCUUCAGUAGUAUAAAACGUGAUGCAAACACAAUUGCAAAAGACAUCAAGGCCCGCGGGGAAGAUAUCCACAGAAAACUCCUGGCCUUGAGGGACUUCAGUGAAGAUGCAGAAACAAAAUACGGUUCAAGCACAAUCAUAGCCCGAGUGUCAAGGGACCACUAUGCUGACCUCAUGCAUACUUUUCAGGAAGCCAUGUUUGCGUACAACGAGAUAGAGAUGAAGCAGCGGGAGAACUGCAAGGUUCGGAUCCAGCGACAGCUAGAGAUCAUGGGCAAGGAUGUGUCUGGGAACCAGAUAGAGAACAUGAUUGAGCACGGCCGGUGGGAUGUUUUCUCCGAAAACCUUCUGUCUGAUGCAAAGGGAGCACGUUCAGCCUUGAAUGAGAUAGAGACACGGCACAAAGAGCUGCUGAAGCUGGAGUCUCGAAUCAGAGAGGUCCACGAACUCUUUCUGCAGGUUGCCCUAAUGGUAGAAGAACAGGCUGACACCUUUAAUGUUAUUGAGCUCAAUGUGCAAAAUGUGGAAGACUAUGUUAGCGAGGCUAAAGGAGAAGUGAGGAGAGCCCUUGAAUACAGGAGGAAGCACCCUUGCCGAACAAUCCUCUGCUGCUGUUUAUCAUGCUGUAGAGGCUGACUCUCUCCCUGAAGCUACCAGCUUGGUGUUCUGGGGCCUGUUCAGUGACUUAACGUUCUGUGCUCCUGUUCUUUUCUUUUGUGAUUAGCAUGACAUGAUGCCUUCCAGAAUCACAGGAGGCAAAAUGUAACCAUGCCCAAAUUGUAAGUGCACCAUAACAUAAACAAAGCUGUGGAAAUAUUCUCUCAGGGAAUUUGGUACCAUAUGAUGCGGUAUCUACUCAGGUCUUGAUUUUGUUUUCUUGUUGAUGGUUUAAAACUGUUUUUAGAUAUAUGUGUGUGUCUGUUCAUUGAAUAUUUAUGUUUUUAUAAAUAUACAAAUAUGUAUACAUAUGGUUUUUAUAAUGUAUUUUAAGUUUCUGAUUUUUGUAAUAAAUGGAAUGAAUAUUGGUCAUGUCAUGUGGAUAAUAAAUGUUUCUAAAUGAACACACUUUUACAGCCAAAAAAGGGAGGAGAGGAAUGAAGGAAUUGGAUUUAAAGGAGUCAGUGCUGUGGCAUGGAAGAAAGAAAAGAAAUUUUAGUUUACAUACAUGGAUGUGAUUUGGAUAAUCUAAGCAUCUAGCAUGCACACGAUUUAAGGGUUUUGCCACAACAGUUGUAAUUGGAAAUAGAAUAUUUGUAUUUUUAUAUAGAAGUAAUAAAAUUUCUCUCAAUUCUCUCAAUCAAAGUUAAAGAAUUAUUAAGUAUAUUUGUUAAUCUAUGAAGAAAGUGGUUGAAUCACUAUCUGUCUCAGUUUGGAUGCAGGCAAGCAUGAUAGCAGCCAUACCUGCUGGAUAAUAUUGGGCCACUGUCAGGGAAGAUCCAGAGAACAGACUGGGAAUGUCACUUUUGCAAGUAACUGUGUAUUGUGCUAAAUGCUGCAGCAAUUGCCUAGAACUUUCCUAACAGCAGCAGGAGUGGCUGAUAGUCCAACAGGAGGAAACUUGUAUGCCUCUGUUUAAAGCAAGGGUGGGCAAUUUAUGACCCUCCAGAUGUUUUGGCCUGCAGGUCCCAUCAGCCAUAGCCAGAUUAGCCGAUGGUGAGGGAUGAUAGAAGCUGUAAGCAAAAACAGGUAGGAUCCCACAAGAUGCCCAUCCCUGAGCUAGAGGGUGGCUGACUUGGGAAGGUCAAAACAUGAAAAAGAAAGUGAAAGAUUGUGCCAGAAAGGGGGCAGAAACUCAGCCUUCAGAAUUAAGUCCCAAGUGUCUCCUGGUGUAUGGUAAAUGUUCUUUCUCAAACAUCUUAUGGACAGAAAUAAACCUGUAGAAACCAUUCACUCUAUAUCUGUCCCAACCAUGCAAAUUUUAUUUUAUUUUUGUUCAGUGUGGUCAAAGCAGAAUAACCUAAAACCAAGAUCUGUAGGCAUUUAACAGUACAAAUAUGUACAACAAUAACAAUAGGAUUUAUUUGCUGCCUUUGAAGACUUAUUUGUUAAGUUUGUGCUUUAGAUAUAUACUUUGGACUUCAGAAAAAUGUGAAUCUAGUUUUAUGUAUGUGUUUUAUUUUUAAUACAUUUUCAACACUUAUAAUACGUUAACAGCACAGUUAUUCUCCUGUGCCAAAGUGUGAAGCCAUUUGUAUUUAGUUAUAUUUAUUUAUUUAUUUUGGCUCACUCAAUAAAGUACUGAAAGUUGCUAUAAA